UUCUUGAUACAUUGGAUUCAGAAUUUAGAAAGUCAAUCCUUUUGAAUUAAACAAAAUGUAAAAUAAUUUGACAGCAAAAGCCAAUCAUCAAGUAAAUCAUUACAAAUUUAUACAUAUAUUAUUAUUAUUAAUAAUAAUAAGUCAUUAAGGAAAAACUACAAUUGUUUUUCUACAAGAGAAGACAUAAGAAUUGUAAUCAGAGCCGAUUUUACCACCUAACAAAUUAUUUAUAAACUCACGCCAUAAUAUCAACAAUAAUAAGUGUAGCUUUAGCCCCCAGCUGACUUGCUUUGGUACAGUGGGUCACUUCCUCCAAAGCAAUCACUUUUUAUUUUUAUUUUAAUUGUGUAUAUUAGUUGUAUGAAAUGGACCGAAAUUGUAAUUAUAUGGUAAUUACUUUAAAUGAUUACGUUUCAGAGAUUAAGAUUGAGUAAAUAACCCAAAUGAUGUCACAGUGAAGACACCUUUGUUUUUAAUUGUUGGUUUUGGACCUCCCUGCAUGCCACCAAAUCCUUCACACCACUCCCUUGAGUGAGGUAAAAAUACUUCAUCACAUGAUAAAAAAAACUGCAUACUAGUAUCAUCUGCAAGAAUGUUCCAGUUUGAACUAAUCUGAACCACUAAAUGCACAGUUUAGUUCAUUCUAUAACAAUGUACCAUUUUUCUUUAGCGCUGUUAGUGGGGUUGAUGGGGAGGGGGGUCUUUAGCGCUGUCGACCCCAGGCGCGGGUGGACGGGGGACUGGGGGUAGAUGGAUGAGGGGAUGAGGUGAGAGAUGAAGGAAGGUGAAGUCUCAGGCACGUUGAUGUUGACGCCCUGGUGGUUUUUGGCCCGCUGCACGUGCAGCGCCUCUUGAAGAGAACCGUUGGUGGAGAGUAACCCUGUUACUUUAGACUCCAAGGACUGUUGUUGGCAAAUCAGUUCGAUGGAUGUCUUUUCCUCCAGAUCGUCAUACUUCUGGUGCCAGGUCUUGUUGUUGACCGUGAGUUCAGCACUUUAGACAGAAAGUUGUUCUGUGGUCUCCGUGAGCUUCAGAGCCACAGCCAGCAAUAUAUGUCAAUGUACGUGUUACGUAGGCAGGUAACGGAGGGAGGCGUAUAGCGAGCUCAUCCGAUGUUUCCUAAAAUUAAACAUUGUUCACGAGUCCCAAAACUCGAGUCCAAGUCGAGUCUGAAGUCUUUCGAGGACGAGUCUCAGGUCAAGUCUGAAGUCACUGUGUGUGCUACUUAAGUCGCACUCGAGUCCGAGUCUCAAACUCGAGUCCCCAUCUCUAACCAUUGAGGCUUUUAUUUUGAAAUAAUGGAAUUGGGUGAGUGGGGGGGUUGGGAGAGAGAAUUUUUUUCAUUCAAACUCAAUGGACUUGGUAAAUGGACUUGUACAGCGCUUUUCUAGUCUUCUGAGCACUCAAAGCGCUUUAACACUACAUGACAUCACUCACCCAUUCAUACACUAAUGACAGGACCUACCAUACACAGUGGCAUCUUCCCACCAGUAACAUUCACACAGAAGAAAAUAAUUAGACUAGAAGGAGAAAUGGUAAUCUCUCCGGUUGUAUGUGUGUUAAGAUUAUUUAUGCUUUGUGACACACUUGUUUGGUUUGGGAAGGUCAGCCAUUGUAAAUCCUCCCAUGUGGAGGUGGAGCAGGGUUGGGCUGCCUCGUACAUGGAGGCCAAUUCUCUUGAGUAAUUUGAGUUGAUUAUUGAAGCGAGGCUUUGAAAAAAGAAGAAUUUGCUUACAGAAAAAGUGUGCACACCCAUGUUCGGUUCUCACAACGUCAGAAUAAUCCAUUAAACAGGAAUCCGCAAUGGACGUUCAUCUUUGCAUGAGAUGGUUUAGUUCAUAGUCAUAAAUGAGUGAUGGCAACUCCCAUCUUUUGGCAGUAAACAUCCUGAUAAAAAAAAAAAAACUAUCUGGACUUUUGGAACUGCGCGUCAUUUUGUGUGAGGCGGGGCGACCGGACUCUGGGCGUUCCAGAAGAAUAGGUCCGAUGGAACACUGCUCCCGGGCAGAGGUUAGGGAGUGUUGAGUGUGCCGGAAGAACAAGAGGAUUUGUCAGUGAUUCACUAACAAGCUUUGGGCGUAGGAUGCUAAAUCAAGGACUUCAUGAGACAAACCAAGAGGGGACAGUGAAGAAGACCAAGUCUAUCUCUCCAGGAAUGGAUGUGGGGAGGUUGGAGAUCCCCGCUGAGCUGUCAGCCCGACUUCGCAGCGGAGCAGGGCACCAGCACGCCUCAGGGGUCACAGAGGUUGCACCUCCGCAGGUGAAGGCAGGGCACAAGCUCACCCUGCCCCUGGAUGUGGACGGAUACCCGUUCUCUCGCUAUGCCCAGUCCAUAUUAAAGGAUACAUGGAGCCAGCCUCAGGGAUACCCCCUUCAGAGAUCCCUCACCCCUCUGGAGCCUGAAGAUGCCAGAACUGCACUGGAUAUUUACAAACUGAUAUUGCGGUUUACGGGUGAGUCAGAACUUAGUGGCUGGCAGCAGCAGAUGCUGGGUAACUACAUAGUGGAGAAGGGUCAGAGCCGGCCCGCCUUGAGGGAUGAGAUCCUUGCCCAACUGGCUUACCACACGUGGGGCCGGCCCGAAGAGCAGGACAGUCUGAGGGGCUGGCUGUUGCUGGCCUGCUGCCUCGGGGCCUUCACACCCUCACCAACCCUGGACAAACCCCUUCUCAAGUAUGUGUCAGACAACGGUCCAGAGGAGUACCGCUCGCUUUGCCAACACAAACUGCUGACAUCGCUACAGCUCCCGGCUCCCGCUGCCCGUGUCUACCCCCCCACCCAACUGGAGUGGACCAGCAACCAGAGAAGGGCCACCAUGCUGCUGGACGUACACACCUUCAACGACGAGAUGCUGACAACUGAGGUGGAGUCGUGGACCACAGGAGAGCAGCUGGCCUCAUGGCUCCUUCAUUUCAGAGGGGUGUCGGAGGCGGUACAGGGCUGGUCCGUGUCUCUUCUGACCGAUGAAGGCUGGUCAGAUCUGGCUGGUUCGGACUUUGUCAUGGAUCUUCUGGCUGGAGCCGAAUCUGAAGUGCUGCCACCUCCGGGGACUCCCUCCUCUACAAACUCUGACUACCUGUUCAGUAGCCAGGAAGACAGGAUACCAGCUAGAGAUAUGGACGAGUUCAUUCCACCUGCCCCUCCCAUACAAGCUCCUGGGCUGCCUCCUGAGGAAAGCCGCUGGGGAAGAGAUUAUCCACAGGAAGGUCGCGGUCGACAGAUGGAUGCCUAUGUUGAUGACUUGUUUGACACAGUUCUGGACCAGGGACCUCCGGACAUGGAAAGAGUAGCCAUGCUAAACCGCAGGAUGAGGGGAAGAGGAGGGAUUGGACCAAUGUAUGGCACUGGUAUGCCCAUGGCAAUGCCAAACUAUGCUAUGGGACAAACGAUUAACCCUUCAAUGCCCGGCUACGCUAUGGGAUCAGCGGUAAACCCUUCAAUGCACGGCUAUGGUAUGGCUCCCAUGAUGCAAACCAUGCCAGGUAUGAUGAUGCCUCAGACUCCCAUGGCGCCUGUCGCCGACCCCUUGCAAAUGGCAGCAUCACAGCAGGCCCUCAUCAACCAGCAGGCCUUUCUCAUGGCCCAGCAGAUGACCAUGCAGGCGAUGAAUCUGUCCCAGCAGCAGACCCAGGAGCAGCAGAAGAAGCAGAAGAAGCAGGAGGUGAAGCAGCAGUGGGGGGAGGACAAGCAGCGAAGGCAAAAGUCAGAGCGGCGGUCCGUGAACCGUUCGCCCUCCCCUCUAUCUACAUCUCCCUCGCCCCCUCCUGCCCGGACCAAAGCACCUGCGCCUAAACGCACCAGCAGCUACAAGCCACCGAAGCCAGAGCCAGAAACAGAAGAGGACUUGCAGUCUUUCGGAGACAAGAGGAAAUACUUCCAGAAGAUUGGUGUAUCCAAAGCCCCACGUUCUCGUCCAGCCCCCUCCGGCCCACAGCAGGAACGCUCGCCACCAUCGCCACGUCAGUCCCCCCCCCCAACAGCAGCCAAGCCCGCGGUGAAGACUCCCCACACCCCUCCUGCCAUAGUUGACGACCCCCCACCAGCAGCACCGACAACCCCCACCAGCAGCACUCUCGCUAAGAACACGCCGGAACCAACCUCCAAAAUCCGGGAAAUCAUCAAAAUGUAUAACAGCCGACCCCAACCAGAAGUCAAACCUUUUGAGCCUGUCAGACCUGCUCCGCGGCAUUUCGUAAAGAAGAAUGACCCCAAAGAGGAAGCUCUGGCCAAACUCAAAAACAUAUCACCAGUUCCACAACAAAAGAAACAGUGGGUGGCUCCGCCAGUGGAAAGUACUCCCUUCACCAAGGGACCCCGCGUCAUCUCCAGCAACAUGAAGCAGAAACAGCGCUCCCUGGGGGACCUGUUCGGCUCUCAGAGCUCCCCGAAACCUUCGCCCGCUUACCCGCCGCCUCCCCCGUCCCCGCCGCCCGUCUUACAGAGCAUCCCUGACCCACCGCCCAUGGCGGCCCCGUCUCUCAAUGUGAUGCAAGAGGACGACGGCAUUCGCUCCCAGCUCCACCGCUUCUCCGCUCGGGUUUACUUCUCUUACUCCAAAAUGCCGGGAAAACUGUUCCUGCGAAAAGAAGUGUUUUACCCCAAAGAGAUGUUCGACCGGCCUUACAUCCUCAAUCUGUUGUGUGAACAGAUUAUGAGGGACACCUACUCUGACAGCUGUGUGAGGAUCAGCAGAGAGGAGAGGAGGAAGAUGAAGGACCUGCUGGCAAAUUUCAGUGUGGGAAUGACUAUAAGCACCAUCCAGAAUGACGUCAUGAAGAAGAGGAUUGUCAUUGCGGCUCGAGACAACUGGGAAAACUACUUCAUCCGUCUGUUCCCUGUGAAGUCGUACAGUGGGGACACUCAGGUUUUGGGCGUGUCUCAUCGGGGCAUUCGUCUACUGAAGAUGGUCAAAGCGUCAGGCGUCAACCCCAAACACCUACGGCUGCUCACAAACUACAGUUUUUCAGAGUUGCUGUCAGUUGAACUCCAGGGUUCAGAUAAAGUCGAACUGGAGCUGACGAGAGAAACGUUGGUGAUGCAGUCAUCCAGAGCUCCUCAGAUCACUGCCAUGAUCAGCUUCAUCCUGCAGGAGCUCCUCAAGGACUCGGACCAUGUCGUUGCCCUGACAAGUUAUGUGACAGAUGACAAAAGUCUGCUUAGCUUUAACAAGGGUGACAUGAUUAAACUGCUGCCAAUGGAAGGGCUCCAGACUGGCUGGCGUUUUGGCACCAUGGGGGGGCGCUCUGGUCUUUUCCCCUGUGACCUCACCCAGCCCUCCGCUGCCCCAGACUACCACAGUCUCCACCUGGCCCAAAGAGAUGUCCGGAGGAAAAGCAUGAGGGGAGCCAGACCUGCCGGCCUGCCCGAGGGCUCGCCUCCAGGACCCAUCCGUAGACGCGUGGGCAGUGUUGAUUCAGACCUGCUCGGUCGAGAGGCCUCGUCCGCCGCAUCCGUCCAGGGCUCGCUGCAUGAGCUCGAGAACUCGGGCAUGGCGGAGUUUGCCUUGAAGUAUUUCCGAGUGGGGACUACAGGGCUUCCAUCAAGUGGAAGGAACUUUGCAGAGGCAGUGCAACACACAGAAGUUCCCAUAGGCGAGUCCCUCAUUCUCUACAACGAUCCUGAAAUCAACGACUUGUCUGUCGAGUGCUUCGCCAAUCUGAUGCAGUUCAUGGGUGACAUGCCAAUGACGGAGAGUAACAGCCAGGCAGACUGCUUGAGCUACAUUUUACUGUUGGGGAAGGAAAAGGAGCUGCUGAGAGAUGAGAUUUACUGCCAGGUCAUCAAGCAAACCACCAACAACCCGACUAGGUCCGUCUGCACCCUCGGCUGGCGGCUCUUCAACCUCAUUAGCGGGUUCUUCCCCUGCUCCGGUACUCUGCAACCGUUUGUCUCGCGUCACCUACGCGACAUCUCUCAGAACUACGAUCACCCGUACCAAGAGCUGGCAGGCGUGUGUCAGGACAACCUCCAGCGGUCUUUCAGCUUCGGGGGCCGCCGUAACGUCCCCUCCUACGUGGAGAUGGAGGCCCUUCUGGCUGGCAAAACAUCUCGACGUAUUCCCAUUCAGCUUCCAGGAGGAGUGGAUUUCCCCAUCAGGAUACGCAGCUUCAGUAUGGCAGCGGAAGUGGUCACUGAGUUCUGUAAAGAGAUGAGCAUCUCAAACCCCACAGAAAUCAAAGAGUUCUCCAUCCUCGCCCACCAGAAUCAGGGUGAGAUGGUGCGUCCCCUCCGAGCCGAGGAGUAUCUAUUUGACUUCCUGCUGGACGACGGCUCCGUCUUCUUCUCCCUGAGACGACUGAUGUGGAGGAGCCCUCUGUCCUACAACAGUGACCUCUACGUGGAGUUCCACUAUCAGCAGCUCCUGGUCGACUUCCGCAGUGGGCGGCUGAUGGUUACUCCUGCUGCAGGGGGUCCCUCCUCGGUCCAGCAGAUAGCAGAGCUGUCAGCCCUGCAGUAUCUGGCCCAGGGACUGCAGGACCAGCCCUCACUGCGAGAGUUGAAGGAGUACCUGCCAUCACAGGAUGGACUCAGCCGCAAAGCUGAAGAGAUCCACUCUUUCUGCCUGGGACAGAUAGCCACCAUGCACUCGCUCAGCCCUCAAGACGCCAAAAUACAAUUCAUUGAGAUGCUGUGCACCAUGCCUCAGUUUGGCUCCAACUCCUUUCUGGCCCAGAAGGUCAGUCAGCGUGGCUGUCCCUCCCCGUGCAUGGUCUCCAUCAGCCAGGAGGGAGUGCUGUUCCUCCACCCCAAAACACAGCAGAGAGCGUUUAUGAUUCAUCUGGCCGACGUGCGGUCCAUGCGCACCAUCGGCCCCAAGAAACAAGGCAAAGUGCCCUCUGUGGAAAUCCAAUACAACAGCCAGGGUCGGGCCAAGAAAGUCACCGCUCAUCUCAAAGAGGCUAAAGAGUUUUGCCACAUCCUCGCUCUGAUGAUGGAAGAGUUGGUUUGACCGUCAGACAGCAUCUCCCUUUCAAACUUCUAAUGUGUCACACACACAGUAUUGAGAAUUGUUGUUAAUCAGUGAGUUUUUAUGUUUUACCGGUUUUUGUUAAUUGCUUUUUCCCUGUAAACCUUAAUGGGCAGUGUGUCAUUUACUGGAUCGAAGCUAUUGAUAAAAUCAACGAGGGGACACGUGCAAGGCUCUGAUCGGAGGACUACAGGAGGGAUUUGAGUCAAUCACCAAUUGUUGUAGGAAUAAACCCAAUACCUUGUUGAAAUUGAAAUUGAAAUCCAAUGGUGUAAUUUUUUUUUUAACUAAGCAUUUAUGGCUCACUAUUGGAAGUUUAUGUUGUGACAAUGUCUUGCAACGCAAGUGGAGCAUUAAAGAAUGUGUUGACUCAAUCUAUAUACUUGGUUUUAUUUUGUAUUAAAUUUAUUUUGGCUCAAGGAGGCUUCCAAAAGAAUAAAUAGGUGAGUUUAAGUGGCUUAAGUUCUGGCCUCGGACUCAACAUUCCUCCACUAUUAACGCUUUAAGCAGUUUAGCUGUUUGAUUGGCUGCAAGCCGUUUCAGCCUUUGUGCAGACUUUUGUUGUCUUCAACCAAAGUCUGGAGCAUUUUGUGAAAACUGUCUAACUCCAUCGAUCGAACGCUUGUGGGGAUAAAACACCUGCAACCAAUCAAGAGUCACUUUUAAAGAGGGUCCAAGUUCUCUUUUUUUUUUUUUUUUUUAUCAAAACUUUUACCUGUCAGUCCACACAACUUCACGUUCACUCCGGUAACAGGUUACCAUGACGUUUGGACCAAAGUGACAAUAGAAUAUGCUGACGAUUAUAAAAAAAAUUGGAAUUAAACCAGUGCCGACCGUUUGGGAAGCUGUUAAAUCCUUCCAGUCUUGCUCUCAAGACUCUUUGUCUUUGUCUCGUUUAGAGACCUUUCUGUACUUGUUCUUGUUAUGCCUUGACUAUCUGAAUCUCGUCCCUACCCUCUGUUACUGUGACUAACACAAAUUCCGCUAAUUCACAUUACAGCAACACGUACAAAACCUCAAUACCGUGCAGAUUUCAAUCAUCUCAUUAUUCACUUCCCUUUGAAUCUGCUUCCCCUACAGUUAUUUGGGGCAUCUCUGUGGGCUCGUUGCGUUUACUUAUUCAAAUUAAACUGUGGGUUGUUGAGAAUAGUGUUCCAGAAGACACAAAGCACACUCUUCUCUGCUGCGUUCCUCCUCUUACGGAGUCCUCAGUGUUCAUCUCAGGAAGUGGAAUUCUUCAAAUCAAAGUCAAGAAGAGGCAACUUUGUUGUUUUGAAGUUUUUAUUUCAGCAAGCCCAUCAGUAACACAUGAAUUUCAUUCCAAAUGACGUCAACAAAAACAGUACCAUGUAUUGAUUCAAAUUGAAAUGAUUCUGAAUUUUUGUGUUAAACUGUACUGUAAUUCUGUACCGAGAAGACAGGUGUAUGAAAACUGAACUUGACUGAAUACACAAUUAAUGUUGCAUUUGGUUGAUGCUUUUAAUAUUUCCUGUUCAAAGAGGCAGAGAGACCUUCCCAUUAAAUAGAACACGUUUCAAUUCGAAAUGUAUCUGUGUUAUUCUUUCAUCAGAUCCAACAAACGGGACUGGUAUGAAAGCCCCACAUGUGAAGAAUGCUUGGGGAAUUGGAGAGCAGACGCAGACCCGGUGGGCCGACAGGUAUUGAUUUACCAAGUGGGUGAAGUUACACUGUGGAGGCAGCCAGGCAACCGGAUCUCAACUUUGAUAUCAGCAGGGAGUCUGCUGCCUGAAGGUCACAUGGGAGCAGCAAGAUGUGUGAUUCUAUUUCCUUAUAAGAAAUAGCCUUAUAUUUUUAUAAAGCAUUUGCAGCUAUAACUUACAUUCAGAUCCACAGCAACAACAAGCAUGUUCUUCCAUACACCUUUGAAACAGGACGGAAGAAAUAUAAAAUGUGGUG